AUGGAAAACGAAAAAAAGUCAUCGACUCAUAUGAACAGUGAUCCAACGUCAGUAGUGGCUGUUGAUCUCAAUACAGUUCUUUUUAGUGGUUAUAAAAUGUGUCUUCGUCUUUAUUUGUAUGGUGAUGAAAAUGCUCGUCGUACACACAUGUCACUCUUUUUUGUGCUUAUGCGAAGUGAUUACGAUCCGAUUCUCAAAUUUCCAUUUAAUUACAAGGUAACAUUUUGCUUGUAUGAUCAAACACCUGCACAGCGGCAUAUUAUCGACUCAUUUCAACCAGACAUUCGAUCGAGUAGUUUUCAGCGACCUCAAUCAGAUAUGAAUAUAGCAAGUGGUAUACCAAAAUUUUGUCCACUGAAAAUGAUUCAACAAGAGGGAAAUCCUUAUAUUCCAGAUGAUGUAAUGUUCAUCAGAAUUAUGGUUGAUUUAGGAAAUAUACACAAAACAUUGUUGGCUCAUGCUGUGAGUAUGAAUCUGGCUCUGCCAAUCCAUAUUCAACAAAUGAUGAUAAAUCAAGAAGCCCAGCGUAGAUCUCAAGAAUGGCAUAAAAAAUCGACGAAAAAAAAAAGAAUAAAACUAAUCUGGACAGAAAUUUAUUCUUGA